CCUGUGCUAAUCGAAAAUCUACUUAGGCCUGUAAUUCAUGUGAGUUUGUUUUGUAUUACUCGUUUGCAAUGAACAAAAGCAAGGCCAGUGGCGUGUCAUGGGUGAAACCAGCGGAACCGUCCUUUCUGAAGAAGUUUAAAAACGAUGUUGGUUACAAAGAGGGACCGACUGUUGACACUAAGCGCCAGCUGAUGCCAACACUGGACGAUGACAGCGGGAGUGAUCGAGAGGAUGAGCUCCCUCAGGUCGUGGUCCUGAAAGCCGGAGACCUGACCGCAGAGGAGGUGAGGAAGGUCAAGGACGGAAAAAGUGGUGGAGGCGGCGCAGAGAAAGGUGAUGAGCCUCCUCCUGAUGGUAAAAUCCUUUUCAAGAAACCAGCCAAGCGCUCCUCCUCAGAAAAAUUCCAGGGCAUCACCGCCAGCUCCAGCAAAAAGAAGAAGAGCGAUGGCGGAGCGAAGGAGAAGGAAGAGGAGGAGAAGAAGGAGGUGAAGUCUGGAAAGCAAGUAAAAAAUAACAGCCUUCUGUCAUUUGGUGGGGAUGAGGAGGAAGAGGAGGACUGAAUGUUACUGGUGAAAUGUAAGACUGUCAAAACGCUCUGUGACAGAGAGGAAUCAUAAUGACAUUUAAACAUCAACGGUGAAGUGUUUCAUAUUAGGGGGAGGGGUGAAAUGAACAGGUUCUGUACUCUACUAAACAGAUGGGUCUGGACUUCAUCCACAGCUUUUUUUAAAAUGCAAAUAGUUUGCAUUUCUUAGCCCACUGACUACAAAUAGCCUGCACUCGAUAUUACUGACGACUGUUCCGUUCAUUUCAGCUCACUGUUAACGUCAUUUGCAGAGAUUCAAAUACCUUGAAUAAGAAAUCCAUCACAAUGGACAUCUUGGUUUUUUUUUUUGGCCUCCAUGUUGUUUUCUGUUGUUCCCUGUUUCCAGCGUGUUCAUGAUGUUGAAUGUGACACACCAGAGAGGCAAACUCAGUUGCAGCUAAUUGCAUAUUUUCUAUCGGGUUUACCUGUGUUUUUAAAAGUUUUGUGUAAAAGUGGUAUCAGAUUGUUUAUGUAAUGAACAGCAAAUAAGACACUGAAACUCUCUUGAUACAGCAUUUGUUAAUUAUAUCCAUUAGACUUCAUCUGAAGCUCUUGUGAUUUGAAAAUUGUUCUUUUGAAUUGCGAUUUCAGUGAAAAAAAAUGUUUCAGUGCUAGGAACAGCAUUGCAUUAAUGAGCUUUGUCUGCAUUCUGAAAAUCUGACCCUAAAGAUAAUCGCAAACAAUGGAUGUUGCUAGAAGAAGAUUCACAUUUGGCCCGAUCAGCAUUAAAAAUGUCACAAUGUCCAUAAAAUUGUCAGCUGUCAGACACCACUCAACUGUCCCAUGAGAGCUCGUGAACGCACCAACAGGGAGUUUUUCAGAAAUGCCCCAGCUCAUAGCUUCAUUCCAAUAGUAUAUUAAUUCAUCUCUACCAAAAAAGGGAGUAAGAAGUAUUGAGCUAUAUUAUUAAAGUUGACUUGAAGUUGAUUUUCAUCCAGUACUGAAAUGAAUGGACACCCAUAUAAAAACCUUUGGAAAUGUCAAGUUCAGGCUAUUUGUAGUUAAAGGGCUAUUCUAUGUAUAGUCCUUUUUCAUUAAACAUAUAACAUGAGAACACGGGCAGCAGUCAUUGAAACAGAGUUAUGAAGUCAGAGCGCACAUUGUCCAGAGAUUUCUGCAGUCAGAAACACAGGAGCGAGGCCGAAGCUGUGCUUUUCCUGUUUGAAGGUGCUCCUCAAAACAUGUGGUCAGCACUCAGUUCCACACAAACUAUGCAACUUCAUCUGAUAAAUGGAAAUCUGGCAACACCAGGUGUAAAACACAUUGAUUAUUAGCGAUGAAAUUUUUUGACCUAUUUCGCACUGAUCAGCCAUCAGAUGUUUGGAAUUAGUUUAACUACCAGUAAAACAUUGUGAGGAACAGGAAAAAAAGAGUUUUUCCUUCUUUUUACAUUUGACGAGUGUUAUAGAUUUGCAAUCUCUUGUGAUGAAAUCCAAACUUUUAAUGAGAAUUUGUCUUGUGUUCUUGGUGCCUUCCACUUCAACAUUAACAUUUUCCAUCAAAAACUGACCCUGUUAAGACCACAGUUCCAGUAGCUUCUGGUGUCUGCACAUUGCUACAGACCUCCUCAUGCAUGGAUUCAGAACUCAUGUCGGGGUGAAACACCUGCCUCUCAUACAUUUUAAAAUCCUUUGUUGCUUUGUGUGUGAAUCCCCAACUCGGGUUCAUUUGUAUCUCUGUGGUGUUAUCAGAACUGUUGUGUGUUUGCAAGUAGUGUGGAAGUGCUCAGUGUAGAAUUUUUAAUACAUUCAAUGAUGUAUUGAAUGCAUGAAUAUAUUCUAGCUUCGGCAAAGGAGCUAUAACAGUUUAUGUACAAACGAUGCAUUCUUGUCAAUGCAGUUGUAUGAUUUUAAAAUGUGAAUCUGUUUUUAUGUUGUGCAUUUUUAGGGAAUGGUUGAAAUAUAAAACAUUAAAUCAGCUGU